AUGGCGGAGCCGCAGGCGCACAGGCCCUACUCCUUGAGGAGGUUGCUGUCACUCCUCAACAGCCUGGUGGCUGCAUCCGGUGUGAUCCUCAUUGGCCUGGGCGUUGGUAUCAAGUAUGGAGAGGCUGCCCUGACCAGGGUCCUGGGGCCGGCAUCCACAUAUCACCUGCACAUCAGCCACCUGUGCCUGGGCUUGGGCUGCCUCGCAGUACUGCUGGCCCUGGUUGGGUGGUGCAUCGCGAAGAAAGAAAGCCGAGGUAGCCUCUUGUUUUUCCUCGUGACCAUGGCUGUCAUUCUCGUGGUGGAGAUCACGGUGGCCUCGGUGGUCCUAGCUUUCUUCCCGGUGGUUCGCAAUAUGGGGCUGGAGCACAACAUCGUCACCCUGAGGAGGGGCUACAGAGGCUACACACGAGCUGAGCUGGAUGAUUUCUCUGCACAGUGGAACUCAGUCAUGGAGAAGCUAAAGUGCUCUGGGGUGAACAACUACACAGAUUUUCCCAGCUCUUCCUUCUCGAUGGUGACAGGCCACUCCUACCCCAGGGGCUGCUGUAAAUCCCUGGGUGCUAUGGCCUGCGAUGGGCACAACGUGUCAUCCAGUGUCAUUCACCAGGCGGGCUGCUUCCACAGGCUCCUGAAAAUCACCAAGACACAGAGCUACACCCUGAACUGGGUCUCCUUGGGGAUGGCAUUGAUGCAGUUGCCAGGUGUUCUUGCCACCUUGCUGCUGUACAUUAAGCUGGGCUGACUCGAAGGCUUGGGAAGGAUGAAACACUGGAGCCCAUCUGGCUGCUAGAGAUUGGAUCUUACUUUUAUUUCUCUGUGGCACUUAAGAGUUUCUGGA